GAUGUUUUUGAAUUGUGACUUGAAAACGAGAACGCCCCCCCCCCCCCGUCGACUUUUAGAUAAUCUGAGAGGUCGAACGCACGCUCGGAUGGAAUGUUUAUUAUUUUUCCGAAGUGUACCCGAACGCAGCACAGUUCCCAAGGAGAAAGCCGCAAAGAAAGAGGUCGUGUGAAAGACAGGCUCCUCCGUGUCUUAAAAAAAGAUCGCUUCGCACUUGCUUUUAUUUAUCAAGGUUAUUUUUUUAAAAAAAUCUGGACUUGUUGUCAGGAGUGGCCGUCCUGUUAAACCUGCUUGGCGGUGAGCCUGCUCCACGCGCUGGACGAAAGAAGGGAACCUGCCGUGCGGGCUGCCUGCCUGGCUGUUGCUGCUGUUGCAGCUGCCAUCCUCCUCACGCGACAGAGAUGACGGAGCCCGACUAGUCCACCACGACAGUUCUUCAAGGAGAUCAUUCUAUGGAAUACCGGCUGAAAAGAUGAGAAAAGAUCGAUGGAUCUUGGCAAUUAAACGGGAUGGAUGGUGCCCAACGAAAUACACAUGCCUGUGAAGCGAUCAUUUCAUUUCAGGCAUCCAGAAAAGGUGCAUUCUGGGAUGCGAGUCACUGAGGCGCCAGACGAGGAGGAGGACAGCAGCGGAACCCUGGAGGCCAGAUGGAAAAAAAAAUCGUCAUGAAGGGGUACUGGUCUAUUUCCUUUGCACGCCUGUCGACUGUAAGUGUGAGGGACCCUCAUCAACGCCUCGCCAGACGUGAGGCCUUCACCAACAUGUGACCACCACCCUUUCACUACUACACCCUCUAGAAGCCCACCAAUCGACCACCACCCCUUGGAGAUGGAGCCUUGUGUCUCCCAACUACCCCCAUCCCCCACCCCCCUUACCGCCUUCCCCCGGCACCAAGUCUCUGCCCACUAUCCCGGACAACAGUGGUUCCCACUGGCAUCUCGGUGUAACAGCAGCACCUUUUUGUCUAACUUGAGACACUGCCCCCGGUCAAUACCGGGAGUGACUCUGGACAUCCCAAUGGGGGGGCGUUUGUACCGUAGUAUGGAGAAUCUGAACUGGAACCCGGUACUCGAUUCAGGUCUGUGCUCAUCCAGUGAGUUUAUUGUGCGCUAUACGGCCACCAGUCACUGGUAUGACGGACCGCCAGAUGGGUCCAACCCGGAAAGCUUGGCAUACUACCCCCGACAUGGUCCCCACAGGAAGGAUGUACCCAUUUUCCCACAGAUGCUUUUUCCUAGUGGGGUUGAUGAAUGGGAUGCACGGAAAGGUCUGAGAGAAAAGCUUCGCCUCCAGAGUGCACGGUCGGCAGCGGAGCCUUUGAAGACCGUUCCCGUGCGAACCACUGACUCCGCUCCUGUUGAACUGAACCCAGAGUGCCGGCCAGCCGGCGGCACGCGUCUCACCUGCCCCCAAGAGAUCAAACAGGAAGUUUUGAGGAGACUUCAACUGCGACGGCAAAACAGCAGCCCGAACCUGACUCUCCUUGGGGCUCCACACAGCCCAAACAUGCUCCCCGUGUCCCGCACAGCAGGUCCCAUUUUGGCCAGACACAACGAACCAUUUCAAAACGGUUCUGUGGGACGUUUGUACAUCCCCACCUUUGAGGAAUUUAAGAGGAUGAGGAUGAAAGAGCAGCACCAGGAGUCCACAGCAGGUUCUGAGGACUCCGGUCCCCCACGGGCAGGGACCCCCUCCUCUGAAACGGGUUCUCCGAUCCGCACGGGUCCCUCUGCGCGGCCCCCUCUGCAAGCGUCUUCAACCCAGGGAGGAACCGGUUAUAAUGGCCGACGUAGGAGGUCCAGUCUGGAACCAAUCGGUUCGAUUCCACUCCGGGCCAGCAGGGACCAUGGAGGUCGCCCCUCCAGUUGCUGCCCCGCACUGCUCCUGGAGGGAACGGACCUGUCCAGCUACGGCGCCAAGAUCUACAAAAUGAAGGACGACCUCAUUGGCUCAGCUCUGGAUCUCAUCAAGAAGAGCUGCAGUGCAGACAUCUCCUCCGAGGCCCCUGUCAGGCUGUCAGCUGAGCGGGACAGAGACGCCCCCGUCACCCCCCCCUGGCCCCCCACCGCCGUCACCAUGGAAACCGCGGCAGGAGCCGAGGCUGGCCAGCAGACGCCCGCCGCAGAAGAAGAGGACGAAGAAGACGGAGAAGGCGAGGGAACGGGAGAAUGCCUGCUGGGGGUCUGCCGGCGUUCCAGCUCCGACGCCGCGUAUGAGCUGUUGCGGGCGGCUGUACCGGAGUGCGCGUGCGAGCGGUCACAGACCUUGAGCAAACGUCGCCCGCAAGCGCAUCACAGUGACCCCAUGCCGGCUGAGGCGUCCGAUCGCAAACAGCUGGAAAUGAAGGCGAAGCUGGAGAACGCGCCGCAGGGACGACGUCAUCGGAGGGAGAGAGACAGUGCCCCGGCGGCACUUCGCGGGCACUCAGAGCCGCCCGGCGAGGAGCGCCCAGCGGGCUCAUCCCACCACGUGGGUUCAGACGACAUGGCGGGCCGCGGCCGACAUCACCGCUGGAGCACAAUCAGCAGCCUGAGCGCCGACAGCGGUGUGGUGGGCCUCAGUGAGGAAGAUGACAACGGCGCCGAGCCUCGGCGGCGGCGGCAUGGCGCCGAAGUGGAGCGGGCCGACAGCGGCAUUGGACCGGGCCUCUCGCGAGCAUGGAAGAGACCGUCGUUAUGCGCCGACUGCGGCCGGCGGGACGACACGUCCGAGGGCAGUGGCGCAUGCGAACGAUGUGCCAGAUCGCGGGCCGAGCGUAAGGAAGCCGUGUUGGAGUUCCUGAAUACGGAGAGCAGUUACGGAGAGGACCUGAGGAUCAUCAAGGAGGAAUUUUACGGGCCUAUGCGCGGUGCUGGGCUGCUGAGCGCCGAGCAGCUGGCCGUGGUGUUUGCCAACGUCCAGGAGCUGGCGGACGUCAACGAGAGAUUCACGGAACAUCUGCAGGACGCCAUUGAACGCGCACUGGACCAGGGAGACGAAGAUCUGCUGACGGUGUCCGUGGGAGAGAUCUUCCUGGAAUUUGUCAACAUGCUGCCGGCCUUCCAGACGUACUGCCUGCAGCAGUCCGCCUCCGUCAACAUGCUCAACGCACUGGAGAAGGAGAAGGAAUUGCUCAGGAUCUUCUUGGACGUCUCACAGAACGACAACACGGCGUUGCGUCGCAUGAACCUUCGCUCCUUCCUUAUGGCGCCGCUCCAGCGCGUCACCAAAUACCCUCUGCUCCUCAGCCGCCUGCUCAAAGUCACUCCGGAGAAGCAGCCUGAAUUCGGGCGGCUCCGCGAGGCCAAGAGCCGCGUGGAGGCCCACCUGGAGCACAUAAACACCAAGACCAAACAGCAGGACGGGAAUGGCGUGGCCUCCUGGUCCCUGCGCUCCUUCCGCCGCGACAGCCGCAAAAACCGCGAGCCGGUGGACGCUGAAAUGCGCGAGGCGUCUAUCAGUACCCUUGGGUGGACUCGGGAGGACACCCGCUUUGUCAUGGAGGGACCCUUGCAGCUUUCCCAGCCUGCUGACGGGCAGUGGGUGAAGAAGGGAAGCAAGGCUCUCAAGUUCCAAAACGUUCAGAGUCUUCUCAUGGUGAGGACGCGGCAGCCCGCUGGGGGAGAGCGGCUGUGCGAAGCAGGAGAAAGCGUGCAAGACGGAGUAUUGGUACUGAUUAAGGACAAAAGCAGCGGGAAGUUCGCCGUGAUGCGCGAGCCCAUCCGCCUGUCCAACUGCGUGGUGUCCAUGGACCCCGAGUGUCAGGAUACCUUCGAGGUUCUGGAUAUCUGGCGGGAGGCGUUUGUGUUCCGAGCGGCAGACAAGUCCCGGACGCACAACUGGUUCCACCACAUGAAACGCUACGCACGCGACUUAGGAGCCUGGCGCAAGAGACGCAACGCUUUGCCCAACAUCAUGAUCAACACCAAUCAGAGUCGAUCCUGAGUGAAGCUGAGACCGAAGGGAAAAAAAAAAAAAAAAAAAAAAAAAAACAACAACGUAACCCCAUACUGCUGCCUCCUCGCCCAAGCCCCCCCAAAAACGCUGCUCUAUCAACAGGAAGUACUUUUUUUUUUUUUGCUUUAUGCUGUGGAUCCACUUGAGUAUUGUAGUCACAUUGACAAGGUAAAAGAAUCUUCUCUGAAACUAUUUAUUUUUUUCCCAGUUCAAAAUUUAAUGAAAAAAAGGUUGAGGAAAGACAUCUAAUAAUGAGAUUCAAUUUGCAGGGGAAAAAAAAGACCGUUGCUUUAUUUUAGGUGAAAAAAAAAAUGAUUUUUUCGUCUUUUUUUUUAAGUCUGCUUUUUUUCUCUAAGUUUUAUUCAAGUCUAUUCUUUUAAAAUGGGUCUUUAAGAUUUAUAUUAGCCUUUUAGAAAAAAAAUCUGACUUUAAUUGAGAAGAUUUUUUUUUUUUUAAUCAAAAGCCUGAAUUUCUUCAGUUUUCAUCCCCCAUAAAGUCAGUAGAUUAUUUUGGGUUGAUUAAUUUGUUUUAGAUGGAUGAAUGUAUUUUUUAUGAAGUCAGAUUUUCUUAAACAUCAGAUUUUGACAUUUAUUUUUGUUUUGAUUUAUUUUUCUAAUAAUCCCAGUUUUAGAUUAUAUAUUUUUUUCUUUGUAGGGAAAAACAUCUUAAUUCCCCAAUUUUUUUUUAAAGAAAUUACAUUUUUCUCAGAAAUUUGCAUUUAAUAGAAGCAUUACGGUCUUUUUUUCAAGUACAAUUUUGCACAAGGUUUCUUUUUUUUAAAAUUACAACUACUCAUAUAAUACAAAAACUUUGGUCAUAGUAUUUUUUUCUAUUCAAUGUGGCUCUCACUGUGUGGUAAGUCACAAUCAAAAUGUGGAGGAUUUAAAAUAAUCAGACAUGGACACCCCCCCCCCCAAAAAAAAAAACAUAAA